GUUGCCCUCAUAUCCGGAAUGAUCGUACUUUGUCGUACUUUAAAACUCCGGCAAAAUUAUUUCCCCUCUCGACAGCAGCGGCGGCGACCCACCGGCCGCCGGAGAUGGGAGCCGCCGCAAAGCCCGCUCCCUUCGUCUGCUUCAAGUGGCCGUGGGGCCCCAGCCUCAACGCGAGCCCUAACCCCAGCCUCAGCCCGAGCCCGAGCCCAAGCCCCUGCGGCGACCUCGAGCUCCCCUGGCUCUUCAAGUCCAUCCGCACCGUGGCGCAGGGCCUCCUCAUCGCGGGCGACCUCCCUUCCCCCAGCGGCGGCGACGGGUCGAGGCGGCGGAAGCGUAAUCCGGGCCAGGUGGUGGUGGAGGCGGACCGCGGGGACGCGGAGCAGCGGGCGCUGGCGGCGGCGCUGGUGAGCGGGAGGGCGGCCACGGUGCUGGAGUUCUACUCGACGCGGUGCCGCCUCUGUGCGUCGCUGCAGGGCCUCGUGCGUGAGCUCGAGGACGGCGCCGGUGGGUGCGCGAGCUUCGUGCUCGCCGACGCCGAGGACGACCGCUGGCUCCCCGAGCUUCUGCAUUAUGAUGUCAGGUAUGUUCCUUGCUUUGUGCUCUUGGACAAGAAUGGUAGAGCUCUAGCGAAGACCGGAGUUCCAACUAGCAGGCAGCAUGUUAUCGCGGGUCUUCAUCACCUUCUUAACAUGAAGCAACCAUCUAGGCAGGAAGGAAAGAAGAGUUGAUCAUGAUGACAAUUUCUUGAGCAUGAUCUGUAAUCUAGAAUAAUGUCAGAUGACCCAUUUUGUUUGUUUACCAAGCAUUUCAGCGACAAUGGUUGGACUUAUAUUCUUUGGUCAAUUCGUAUAUGAUCAUCAUUUGUAGCUAUAUUUUCUUUGUACAAGCACCUCUUUUGCUAGAAUAUACUUCUAAACGCAAUGUGGUUGGAGAGAUUGUGGUGUAUGACACUGCCUAAUUCCUGUGUAGAACAUAACCCAUCAUCAUUUGUGCUUUA